UUCUUGCAGUGCCAUUGGCUGCUCCCGAAUUCAACAAGUUUCUCCCGUCCAAUCAGAGCGUCCGAGUGUAUUGGCAUCCCAUUCCCUGCGGCAAAAGAGGCGGCGACGUCACAGGCUACACGUACGACCUGCGUGACGCAUCUGGGUCCAUGAUACAAACAGACGACACCACGGCAGAGUCUGUUGAAGUUGAUUGCCUUUUACAGGGGGCGUCCUACUCCUUCAGGCUGUGGGCGUUCACACGUGUAGGACCGGGACCCUGGAAGGAAGUUGAUUUUGAUAUUCCCACAGUCGGCCAAGUGAAAGGCGAUACAUCUGGAAGUGGUGUAUCGAAUCCGGCCUUCGUCGGUGUAGGAAUCGUCAUUGGCGUCAUAUUUACUGUGACUGCUGCCUUGCUGAUAACUUGUGCCAGACACUUUCGGAGACGCUGUCUGCAGUACAAGAGGCCGGAUAGUAGCACCUCGCCCAACACACAUGCAACUGAUGACACCGACGCGAUAUACUUCAACAUCAACGACGAUAUCCAAUUGAAGAAGACAAUGCCAUCAGCAACACCAAGCCGUGAAUCAGCUACUGGGGCAUCCACUGUGCCGUCCGGGAUGUCAACAACACGUGUGUCAGCACCUCACGCAUAUACUAAACGUUCAACAAAGAAGGCAACAAAAAAUCCACACACACCUGCCCCUGAUGACUCCGAUGCGAUAUACUUUGACAUCAAGGACGAUAUCGAAUUGAAGAAGAUAACAGCAACACCAACAAGCUGUGGAUCACCUACUGGGGCAUCCACUGUUCCGUCUGGUAAAUCAACAACACGUGCGUCAGCACCUCGAGCAUCCACCAAACGUUCAACUACCAAGGCAACCAAAAAGCCUAAGAUGGCGGCCGUUCACGAAGGUGCGCACCACUACGAAAACACAGUCAUUCCGUAG